AGCCGGAGGACAUGGUUCUUGCGGGAUCCCCGCAUCCCGUCCCUUCGCCCCCACCGGCCGUGGGCGAGGAGAAUUCCGAGGUUUCGGAGCGCCGGAGCCCGGAGGGGAGCGACGCGCGGAGUGCCGCGGCGACCGGGAGGUCGUCCAAGAGGGUGUCGUUCUCGCUGUCGGAGGAGGACGAGGAGACAGAGACGGAGACUGAGACGGAGGAGGAGGAGGAGGAGGAGAGCGAGGAGGAGUUGGCGCUGGCCUGCCGUUCCCCCGUGGAGCCCUCGACGCGCACCCUGCGCCCUCGAGAGGCUCCCUCCGCCUCUGCCUCCGCCACCGUCCUCAACCUGCCCCUGGACCAUGCCGCCCUGGUCAAAGCGCCUCCCUCCGAGGGAGAGUGUCUGAGGCUCAAGGAGCAGCUGGGCGCCUCGUCGCUGCUGGCGUUGGCCAAUACCGCACUCCCGGCGGCACCGGCCCCCUCCCCGGACAAGGGGGUGGACUUGGCCGCCCUGGCUGACAUCGCCCUGACGAUCGGAGAGGCCGCCUCAGAGUUGGACGUGCCGUCCGAGGAGGAGGAGAUGGAGAUGGAGGAGGAGGAGGAGGAUGGGGAGGGUCCCAGGCUCGAGCGCCUCUUCCACCUGGAGCACAGUUACGCCAAGCCCCCGCUCUCCCCCCGGCGGCCAGCGCCCGUCCCCUCGGCCCGCAGGCCCGAAGCCCUCCCGGCCGAGAGUCCCGGCGAGCCCCCAGCUGUGCUGGAGGCCCCGGAGGAAGUGGUGCCGGCCCGCAGUCCCCAGGGGAGCGUCCCCUCCCCGCGAGAGGACCCCCGGACCCAGCGCCGGCGCAGGCGGCGCCCUUCGGCCGAGGCGGGUGGCGAGGGCGUGGGUGAGGCCCCCCCGGGUGGGAAGAGGCUGGAGCCUGGCGAAGUGCGUCCCAAACCGGGAGAGGGCGUAGGCCCCGUGUCCACCUCGCCAGGGGGCGGCUUCGAGGCCCGCAGCGAGUUCGAGGAGAUGGCGGUCCUGUACGACAUCUGGAACUCGGGCGUGGACCCCGAGGACGUGCACUACCUGAGGGUCACCUACGAGCGCCUCCUGCAGGAGGACUCCACUGUCGACUGGCUCAACGACACCCACUGGGUCUACCACACCGAUAUCCUUCAGA